UGAAAUUCAAAGAAUUCAUCAUGCUAUUUUUCCGUAUUUUGUUCUUCACUGGUGUCACAAUUGCUUCAGCAAAAAGGACCAGGACAUGGUAUUUGAUGCCAGAUGAUGGAGGACAUGGAAUUCAUCUUGUGAAUAUGCUACAUAGUGCCCAACAAAAUGAUGUACCUAGUAUUGAGUCCAAUGUUACACUUUAUCUCUAUACAAGGAAUAAUGAUACAAGUGUCAUUGACUGUGAUAACAUUGGAGGCUUUGACUCCAAAUGGCCUACUGUGGUGCUCGCCCAUGGUUGGAUGAGUAAAAGUAGUGAUCUGGACCACAUAAAGAAUGCUUAUUUGACAGCAGGUGAUUAUAAUGUUAUUUCUAUAGACUGGUCACCUAUUGCAAGCAAUGCAGCAUAUGAUCAAGUAAGAGAGGAUCUAGUCAUUGUUGGUCAGUUUGUGGCAAAAUUUGUGGAUUGUUUAGUAGAGAUACAUGGCCUGAACUUGUCAAUAACUCACUUGGUUGGUCACAGUCUGGGUGCCCAUGUUGUUGGUGUGAUUGGAGGUUCAUUAUCACAGCAGAAUAAAGUGGCACUCAUCACAGGAAUUGCAGUGAUUCAGACUGCCAUUAACCUUCAUGUUGCAAGAGGCAAGGAGCAGGAACCAUCAGUGAGCAUGAAAGACUCCAUGCUUUUGGAAGGGUUCAGUGCAUCUUAUUUCUUUCAAGAUACUGCAUUGUAA